ACUAGUAGAGUAAAAUGAAAGUCAUAUUUUUGGCGGGAAGAUGCAACAGUUCAUAGAAAUAUACCAUAAAUCUGCGGAAUAACACACUAGUUUUUUCCAAUUUUCUCCGGCAAAAAAUGCAAUCAGAUAGCGAUUCUGAUGGCUCUCACAUCUCUGCAACUCCACCAAGAGACCCAACUCCUCCGCCUAAAUACCUUCCCCAGAAAUUCAUCUCAAAAUUCAAACAAAAACAAACACAAAAACCCACAAAACCCCCACAAAAACCCAAUUCAAAACCCUCAAAUUACCCACAAAAACCACCUCAAAUUCAAAACCCACUUCAUGAAUCAUCCAAUUCUACCCUCCUACCUUCUUUUCCUCUCCCAAUUCAACGACCCACAAUCAAAAUUUCCGACAUUUCUGGCCCUAAUUCAAUUAGGGCUGGUUCUUGCUCUUUUUCCAAGUCUAAUUCUUUCUCAAAAUUUCAGAGAGCUUCUCUUAACUUUGAUUUUAGUGAAAAAGACCCAAUUCUGCCAUCUGGGUCGGUUUCGAAACCCGAAUCGGAAGUCAUUCCUGAAGGUGAAGGUAGUUUGAAGAAAAGGGUAGUUAGGAAACCUUCAAAUUUGAUUGGUUGUGGGUCUAGGCGUGAGUCUAAUUCUAAUGUAUUGCCUGCAAAAAGAAUUAGAGGUGGUAAUGAAGGGAACUUUGUGAAGUUGAAUAUUAAUGGACAUGGUAGGAGAUUUACAUUUAAGGGAAAGAAUAGGAAUUUUAGCUCAUCCUCAAGAAGAAGUUAUUAUAAGAGAAGUAAGAGAAAUUUUGGAGCUAAAAAUGGGGUUGAAGGUAAUGGUGUUUGUGAUGAAGAAGGUUUGAUUUUGGAGGAUAAUGGAAAGCAGAUGAAAUGGGAGGAUAAAAUGUCAAAAGAUGAAGCUGAUUUGAUUAAAGAAGCUGUUUUAGAUGUUAGGAAUGAAGCAUCCGAUGAUAAUUUGUCGAAAUUAUUGAAACUUACUCAUGGUUAUGAUUCAUUUCGUGAUGGGCAGUUGGAAGCUAUUAAGAUGGUGCUUGCUGGGAAAUCCACUAUGUUAGUUUUGCCUACUGGUGCUGGAAAAUCACUGUGUUAUCAGUUGCCUGCUAUUGUUUUUCCUGGGAUUACGCUCGUUGUAAGCCCUUUAAUGGCAUUGAUGAUUGAUCAGUUAAAGCAGCUACCUCCAGUUGUGAAUGGUGCUUUAUUGAGUAGUAGUCAGACAUCAGAGGAGAUGUCUGAUACUCUAACUAUGCUACAAGAAGGAAACAUAAAGGUGCUUUUUGUUUCACCAGAGAGAUUUCUAAAUGAAGAGUUCAUGUCGAUCAUUUCCAAUUGCUCAUUAAUAUCGCUUGUAGUGAUUGAUGAAGCCCAUUGUGUAUCUGAAUGGUCACACAAUUUCCGGCCUUCAUACAUGAGGCUAAGGGCGUCUGUACUCCGUGAUAAAUUAAAAGUUGGUUGCAUACUGGCAAUGACUGCAACAGCAACGAAGAAAACAUUGCACGCAGUUAUGCAUGCUUUGGACAUUUCUUCAACUAAUCUGGUGCAGAGUCUUCAGCUGAGAAACAAUUUGCAGUUGUCUGUGUCUUUGAGUGGAUAUAACAAGAUGAAAGACUUGAUUGCAAUAAUCAAAUCGUCUCCAUAUUCUGAACUCAAGAGCCUCAUCAUUUACUGCAAAUUUCAGUCAGAGACUGAUAUGAUAAGCAAAUAUUUAAGCGAUAACAAUAUUCGUGCAAUGAGUUAUCACAGUGGCAUGCUGGCAAAGGAUCGUAGCCGUGUCCAAGCAUUAUUUUGUUCCAACAAGAUCAAAGUGGUCGUUGCAACUGUGGCAUUUGGUAUGGGGCUUGACAAAAGAGAUGUUGGAGCUGUUAUCCAUUACAGUUUGCCAGAAAGCUUGGAAGAGUAUGUCCAGGAGAUUGGGCGUGCUGGACGUGAUGGGAGGUUAUCAUAUUGUCAUCUCCUCUUUGACGACACCUGUUAUUUUAAGCUACGCAGUCUUAUGUACAGUGAUGGUGUAGAUGAAUAUGCAGUUAAUAAACUCCUUUGUGAAAUUUUUAACCAUGAGAAAAGACUAGAUGGGGAAGUUCAUUCACUGGUCAAGGAAUCUACAUCUCGCAGAUUUGACAUCAAAGAACAGGUGAUUCUGACAAUUUUGACACAAUUGGAGUUAGGUGAAGUUCAGUACUUGCGUCUUCUUCCACAAGUGAAUGUUACUUGCAGCUUAAACUUUCACAAGACUCCACCUUCGGAGUUAGCUGUCAGAGACUCUAUGGUUGCAGGAAUAUUGAACAAGUCCGAGAAUAAGCAUGGGCUACAUGUGUUUGAUAUGCCCACUGUGGCCAAUGCUAUUGGUCAUACAACAGCGGAACUUCUAAAUCAACUGCAGAACUUAAAGUCAAUUGGGGAAAUCACAUAUGAACUGAAGGAUCCAGGGUACUGUUACAUUAUUGUGCAUCUUCCUGGGGACUUGUGCUCUCUGGCUACCCAGAUGACAGCAUGGUUGUCAGAAAUUGAAGGUUGCAAGGUGCGUAAAUUAGAUGUGAUGUUCAAUGCUGCAACCUUUGCUGUAAAAUCAUGCGAAAGGACAAAUGGCUGUGAUGUUGUCCAGCAUACAACAUGUUUGCAGAGAAUGAUUUCAGAAUACUUUAGUCAAGAAAAUCUCAGUGAUCUUCCCACAAAGAUCAAGCAAAACAGCCCAUUUCUUCGAGCAGAUAUUAAGGUCUUUCUGCAGAGCAGCUCGGGAACCAAAUUUACCCCACGUGCAGUUGCGCGAGUAAUGCAUGGCAUUGCUAGUCCAGCUUAUCCUUCUGCAGCCUGGGCAAAGACUCAUUUCUGGGGAAGAUAUACUCAUGUCGAUUUUAAUGUGGUAAUGGAAGCCGCCAAACUGGAGCUCAUGAAUCUUGUAGGGAAGGAUGGACCCUAAAGCGCUUGGCAUUUAUAACGAUAACCUGUAUGUUAUUUGCUGCAGUAGUGUGGAUUCCCACCCUCAUUUAUGUUUCCAGUGCAAAAUCAGUGCUGGUUGUUUUGACUCGGAUAACAGAAUGGACAGGAAUUGCCACUCGUAGGUUGUCCUUAUGUAGAUAUGAUUAGAUGGAUGUUGAGGAAGAGAAGCUACACCAAUCCAAAUUCAGGAGACAAGUUCAGGCUACUGCAUUCUUGGCUGCUAUAUAUGCAAUAUCGACUGCUCGGACUGAUGUGUCAUGGAAUCACAAAAUUGCUACAAUUUCUCAUACUGUAAGGAAUAUACAGAGCAUAGUAAAGAAUAAAGUCUUAACAAUAUGUCUGAUGUUGAUAAAGAUUGGUUUUGUAACAUUGUAGCAUAUGAUGUACGAACCAAUAAUAGUAUCAGCAGCUGAAGAGAAGUAAAGCUAGAUGGACACAUAGCUCCAUAAUCUAAAAGUAGUCUUUCACAAAUUGAAGUGCCUCAUAUCUUCUGUAGUUGAGAUGUCAUUUUGUGUAAUUGUUGACAUGCAUUUUUUUUGUCAAAAUUUAUUUUGUACAGCUUUCCCAUGUUCUGGUACAACUCUAAAUUCCAAAUACCAAAUACAUUUGGGGAUGA